AGCCAGAUGCUGAUCAACCAGCUGAGGGAGAUCACUGGUAUCCAAGAUCCACAGAUCCUCCUGAGAGCCCUGAAGGUGAGUGCCAAACACUGUGGGCAGAUAGGUUUAGUUAGGUUCUGCCUGCUUACUCGGUAUAACAUUAUCAUAUUGUAGAUGGAUGGAUAGAUACAUAGAUAGAUAGGCAGGUAAAUCCAUUUGAAUUCAAUAACCUUUUUACAGCAUCCCUUUUGAUUUAAACAAAACUUUCCAUACAUGUUUGUCCAUGGAAGAAGUUGUCCGAAAGUUACCUUUUGGACCUGAAUGCCAAUACAUUCAGGAGAUAAAGGUGCUCAAAAUUGACCCAUUUUGCAUACCAUACCAUCAUACAUCCAUGUCUUCAUCACUGGAAAAGAUAAACAGUUGUUUGUUAUCAUUUAAAAGCUUACCAACAGGGUUGUCAAACUAUUUUAUAAUUUCUUGCCUUAAACGUAAAUUAUCUAAAAAUGCUUUUUAAGAUGACAACUGUGAGAUGUCAUGUUUACACCAUUAGUCAAUGAGUAUGAACUAGUUGAAGGGAAAACCUGCAUAUUGUACAUAUGAGCGAUGAAGAUUUCAGGUCGUUAUUGCAAAAGAGUUCUCAGUGACUUACUUGCUUGAAUGGCAAAAUAAAGACCAUUGUCCCAGACAUUUUUAUCAGCUGGCUCCCUCACCAGGCUUAUGACUCUUGUCUUGAAAUAGCCUAUUUAUCUCGGUCCCCAUUGGAACAGAUCCUUUAGAAGGACUCCGUCACGUAGAGGUCAAACUUAAGGUUAGGGGUAGCAACUUGCCUAGGUGCCAGUUUAUCUCUGCUAUGUCCUUUGUCAGAGUUAGCAAAAUCAGAAACAGACUGGCACAAGGCCAGGGUAGAGCUGGAGUUCUUGGAAAGGACACAUUGUAAUGCCUACUUAUCUCUCUGAUUCCAGACCAGCCAGGGGGACAUCAGCCAUGCUGUUGGACUGCUGACCACACAGCCUCCAGAGGAGGGCCAGGGGACUGACGAGAUCCCAGACACAGAAGCCAACAGGGAGGCCCAGAAAGUUAGGCCAGAAGUUGGGAAGGAAGGUUUAAGGAAAGGAGAAAAAUACUGAGGGUCUGGUGAUAAACAAAGAAGAUUAGUUGUUUCCCAAUGCAAACUGAUAUCUGAUGUUGAAUACAUCAACGCUAUGCUUUGUGUUGUGACUCUCCAUCAUUCUAAAAUGUCCUCAGGGGCUCCUCCUAAAGAUGACCUUCAGACAGCCAUCGAGCUCAGCUUGCAAGAAUCCCAGGCAGUGGAGAGAGAGCUCAACAGGUAUAGUAGUCCAGUACCUCACCAUCUCUCCUUCUCUUGCUGUUUUCUUGCUGAACGAAGUCACCAAUUGAGUCAUCUCUCAAUUAAAUAGUGAUAACAUCUGAAGUGGACACAGUGGUAUGAGCAAUAAAUAACGUCAACGAGAAAGGAUGACAGUGGAAUACCAGGAUCCUGUUCAUAAGGGCACGCAACAUAAAACAUUUUGAAACGUUUCGCAACGGAAAACAAAAAUGAGCAUUUCUUAUUGGACAAGUCCAUGUACUCCCUCUCCAUUUGAGUCAGUUUUCUUCCAUUUGGUGCCUAAUGAAUACAACCAAGGUAUAACUCAAUCAGACCAUUGCCUACAGUUGAUGAGUGGCGUGUUUUGGUGUGUACCAGGGCACUGGACGCCAACGUGGAGGACAGUGCCGCACGAGUGAAGAGGAAGUGCUGCGAGGCCCAGGGAGAGAGCUGCAGCCCUGCAGACUGGAUCCGCCAGGAUGAGUGGCCUGUGGGCAUCCACAACAUGGGCAAAACCUGCUGGUUCAGUGCCGCCAUACAGGUGAGAUAACUGCGAGGUUGGCAGCUUGCACUGCAAAAUAUACACAAAAUAUAUGCACAGUAAAAGAGAAUUGUGCCGGUGAGAUGAGAACCCCAAUAUGAACAGAAUAAAAAAGUUUAGUAGAAAAUUCUGGGUUUGUGCUGUGGCCUUAAUGCUUUGCCAUUUAGGCCCACCUGUUAUAUCAAUCAAUCAAUUUUAUUUUAUAUAGCCCUUCGUACAUCAGCUAAUAUCUCGAAGUGCUGUACAGAAACCCAGCCUAAAACCCCAAACAGCUAGUAAUGCAGGUGUAGAAGCACGGUGGCUAGGAAAAACUCCCUAGAAAGGCCAAAACCUAGGAAGAAACCUAGAGAGGAACCAGGCUAUGAGGGGUGGCCAGUCCUCUUCUGGCUGUGCCGGGUGGAGGUUAUAACAGAACCAUGCCAAGAUGUUCAAAAAUGUUCAUAAGUGACAAGCAUGGUCAAAUAAUAAUCAGGAAUAAAUCUCAGUUGGCUUUUCAUAGCCGAUCAUUAAGAGUUGAAAACAGUAGGUCUGGGACAGGUAGGGGUUCCAUAACCGCAGGCAGAACAGUUGAAACUGGAAUAGCAGCAAGGCCAGGCGGACUGGGGACAGCAAGGUGUCAGCAUGCCCGGUAGUCCUGACGUAUGGUCCUAGGGCUCAGGUUCUCAGAGAGAAAGAGAGAACGAGAGAAUUAGAGAGAGCAUACUUAAAUUCACACAGGACACUGGAUAAGACAGGAGAAGUACUCCAGGUAUAACCAACUAACCCCAGCCCCCCGACACAUAAACUACUGCAGCAUAAAUACUGGAGGCUGAGACAGGAGCGGUCCGGAGACACUGUGGCCCCAUCCGAAGAAACCCCCGGACAGGGCCAAACAGGAAGGAUAUAACCCCACCCACUCUGCCAAAGCACAGCCCCCGCACCACUAGAGGGAUAUCCUCAACCACCAACUUACAAUCCUGAGACAAGGCCGAGUAUAGCCGACAGAGGUCUCCACCACAGCACAAACCAAGGGGGGGCGCCAACCCAGACAGGAAGAUCACGUCAGUAACUCAACCCACUCAAGUGACGCACCCCUCCUAGGGACGGCAUGAAAGAGCACCAGCAAGCCAGUGACUCAGCCCCUGUAACAGGGUUAGAGGCAGAGAACCCCAGUGGAGAGAGGGGAACCGGCCUGGCAGAGACAGCAAGGGCUGUUCGUUGCUCCAGAGCCUUUCCGUUCACCUUCACACUCCUGGGCCAGACUACACUCAAUCAUAUGACCUACUGAAGAGAUAAGUCUUCAGUAAAGACUUAAAGGUUGAGACCGAGUCUGCGUCUCUCACAUGGGUAGGCAGACUGUUCCAUAAAAAUGGAGAUCUAUAGGAGAAAGCCCUGCCUCCCGCUGUUUGCUUAGAAAUUCUAGGGACAAUUAGGAGGCCUGCGUCUUGUGACCGUAGCGUACGUAUUGGUAUGUACGGCAGGACCAACUCGGAAAGAUAGGUAGGAGCAAGCCCAUGUAACGCUUUAUAGGUUAACAGUAAAACCUUGAAAUCAGCCCUUGCCUUAACAGGAAGCCAGUGUAGGGAAGCUAGCACUGGAGUAAUAUGAUCAAAUUUCUUGGUUCUAGUCAGGAUUCUAGCAGCCGUAUUUAGCACUAACUGAAGUUUAUUUAGUGCUUUAUCCGGGUAGCCGGAAAGUAGAGCAUUGCAGUAGUCUAACCUAGAAGUAACAAAUGCAUUGAUUAAUUUUUCUGCAUCAUUUUUGGACAGAAAAUUUCUGAUUUUUGCAAUGUUACGUAGAUGGAAAAAAGCUGUCCUUGAAACAGUCUUGAUAUGUUCGUCAAAAGAGAGAUCAGGGUCAAGAGUAACGCCGAGGUCCUUCACAGUUUUAUUUGAGACGACUUUACAACCAUCAAGAUGAAUUGUCAGAUUUAACAGAAGAUCUCUUUGUUUCUUGGGACCUAGAACAAGCAUCUCUGUUUUGUCCGAGUUUAAAAGUAGAAAGUUUUCAGCCAUCCACUUCCUUAUGUCUGAAACACAGGCUUCUAGCGAGGGCAAUUUUGGGGCUUCACCAUGUUUCAUUGAAAUGUACAGCUGUGUGUCAUCCGCAUAGCAGUGAAAGUUAACAUUAUGUUUUCGAAUAACAUCCCCAAGAGGUAAAAUAUAUAGUGAAAACAAUAGUGGUCCUAAAACGGAACCUUGAGGAACACCGAAAUGUACAGUUGAUUUGUCGGAGGACAGACCAUUCACAGAGACAAACUGAUAUCUUUCCGACAGGUAAGAUCUAAACCAGGCCAGAACUUGUCCGUGUAGACCAAUUUGGGUUUCCAGUCUCUCCAAAAGAAUGUGGUGAUCGAUGGUGUCAAAGGCAGCACUAAGGUCUAGUAGCACGAGGACAGAUGCAGAGCCUCGGUCUGACGCCAUUAAAAGGUCAUUUACCACCUUCACAAGUGCAGUCUCAGUGCUAUGAUGGGGUCUAAAACCAGACUGAAGCAUUUCGUAUACAUUGUUUGUCUUCAGAAAGGCAGUGAGUUGCUGCGCAACAGCUUUUUCUAAAAUUUUUGAGAGGAAUGGAAGAUUCGAUAUAGGCCGAUAGUUUUUUAUAUUUUCCGGGUCAAGGUUUGGCUUUUUCAAGAGAGGCUUUAUCACUGCCACUUUUAGUGAGUUUGGUACACAUCCGGUGGAUAGAGAGCUGUUUAUUAUGUUCAACAUAGGAGGGCCAAGCACAUAUCACCAGUCAGGCCCUGGCUGUGACUCUCUCUCUCUCUUUCUGUCUCUCUGUCUCUCACACACCUGUUUUUGUUUCCUAUAAGCUUCGUCCCUUGGCUGUUAACAAGCAUUUGCAUUAUGUAAAGGUUAUAUGGUUCACAAGUUUGGAAUUUUGGGGAGUUGUUAAUUGCAAACCUUAAUUUGAAGCCUCUGGAGACCGUUACCAAGGUUGAUAUCGUACAGUAAAGGUUGCAUUCGAAUUUUGCGUUGGUCUGCAGAAUCCCUAGGACUCCUCUGGUCUCUGUAAUACGACAUUUACUUUCUACACCACCUCCUAAUUGGUGUAUAUAUGGUGGCCAUGUUUACAACUUCUCUCUGUUUUCUGAAACCUUUCAAGACUUUUCGUGUGAAUUGGUUCAAAAAUAUUACAACUAGGAGAGAAGGCCCCAAACACAUGUUUGUUUGCAUCCAAUUUGCUGAACGAUGUCGACUUCUGUCGAGAUAUUACCUGACUUCUCCCCCUGCUCUCUCAACUGAAACCAAACAUUUCAGAACAUUUAUUUUCAACCUGUUGCAACACAAUCAAGCCAUAUUGUGAUAAUUGAGUUAUCGGUAAUACCAGGAGGAUGAGGAAAGAUGAAGUGCAGUGGUGGGCUUUUUACUUUCCAAACGCUAAAGCUUCUUGCUGCUCUAAUUCUAUUAAGAGUCCAUUCCAGACCGAAUUUAGCCGGGCCUAUCAGGUGGCCUCGCUGAAAUUCAAGCCUUCAUUGAUAUUGAUAGACUGCAAGGGUAAUUAAAUAGUGCAGUGUUGUGAUGAUAGAGCAGGCGAUGAACUCUGCAGCCUGGACUGAAAUUAGUUUAUAUCGGUAGAUUAGGCCGGAUGGGAACGCUCAUUUGCCUUAAUUUCAUUCAGAUAUGCGUCACAUCGAUUAAAGCACUAAAAACCCAGAGGAAAUAUCAUCAGGGGAUAGGAAUGCAUGCACACAUUUUGAGUGGCUGGGAAGUUGUUUGAAAUAGAUCUAAAUCCAACCUUUUCUUUAGCAAACCCUGAUGACAUUUUCUGUUGCUUGUUUGAGCUUUUAUUUGACCUUUUUUCAUCACAAUUUGCUCAUAGAAAGUUUGAGACUCACUAAAUGACCUCAUGUGGCUGUGUACUCAUAUUUCUGUGGUAUCUUGUGUGGUACGCUUUACAGUAAGAUUGUGAUAAGCUGUAAUUGGGUUUCUGGGAAACUAGAAAGUUGAGAAGACACAUAGGCCUAAUGCGAUCAACAACUCAGGUAUAUUGUUGUCGCUUCGUAACUGCACGUAAGGCUACAUUAUUUUGUAUUGUAUAUGGUACACAGUUAAGACACACUACAGCAAUAAAACACACUACAGCUCGCCAACAUCAAUGAAGCAUCUUGUCACUAACUAAUAUAAAUAGAAAACAAUCACAUUGAUUUGUCUUGUUAUGAGAGGAAAAUCACCAUCUCUCCGUAUCACACGGUAAAGUUAUAUUAUUCUCAGUGGCAUUUUCUUUAGUUUGCUUAACUGUGACUCUUGUGUGUUAAAACCUCCAUAAAUAUCCUCGACAGUUACAUUUUACACAUGAAAAGACGGUGUUAAGGAAUGCUGACCAAUCUCAUCUUUGUUGUUUCAGUCCCUGUUCCACCUGCCCGUGUUACGCAGAUUGGUACUCAACUACUGCCUGUCUGAGCGAAUCCUGGAGAAGUGUAAGAGCCACUCGGUGAGUGUCCAAUGGAGGGCCAGGAGCCCUGAGGAACAGAGUAGGGGACCUUUGGAUCCCAGAGGCUGAAGAGUCAGGGGAAGGCUGGCUGGUGUUAGAGGGGAAACUAGACUAGAGGGUUAUAGAGUGUGCAAAAAGAUGGUGUGUAACACUAUAUAGUAACUUCCUUGAAUAAGCAUUGAUAAACCAUUUAUAAGUAAAUGUUAUAAAAAUGUAUAUACAUUUUAAAUAAUUUAUAUUGGCUCAUGAAAGUAAUAUGGACUGAACAAUCCCUUUGCGUAUAGAGAUAUUGUUGAAAACUGGCUAUCAGUAAAGUGUUACGCAGGUUUUCGAGUGCAGCUCUGUGAAGUGAGAGAAGCCUUCUCAGGACAAGAGGAACAUAGCCUUCAUGCAGGAGCUGCGCUGUAUCUUUGCUCUCAUGGUGUGCUCCACUCGCAGGUUCUUGGACCCCUCUGCUGCCGUAGAGCUUUUGAGAGAUGCUUUCAGAUCCAGUGAGGCCCAACAGGUACAUGUACGCACACACACACACACACACACACACUCAUGUCAAUGCAUACACACACACACACACACCACACAGACACUUGGGUCAUUGACACGACUUUACAACAACUACUGUGUAUUCAUGUAUGGUCAUUUCAGAUGUGUUCAUUCUAGGAUGUGAGUGAAGUCAAGGAUUUGAUCCCUAACAGGCAGUGCUGUACGAGAGCACUUACAGUACAUAUUGUCAUUGGUAACUAAGAUUCCAUAGCUACAGUAUUCUUUUUGGGUAGUUGGUUCAGCUACUGUAUGUGACAUUCCAUAAAAUCCUGUACCACUAUUAUCAGAUAUUGAGUUGCUUGAGGUAUGAAAGUGACAUCUUAUCUUUAGCAGCCUGGAAGAUGAAAAGGAAACCUAAUGGUUCAGCUUUUCUAUGGGACUUUUGUGGCAGAGAGAACACAUAAGGGUAAGUAUAGAAUGGACAUUUGAUUUUGGUUAUACAUACUGUAGGGCCUCGUAUUUCCUGAUCACAUGACCUGAUCAGGAAAAACUAUAUUUUUAAGGCUAUGACUCUUUUCGCUAUCAAGGGCUAUGACUCUUGUCAAAACCUGUUAUAGCCUUUAACUAGGCCCCAGAGAUUUUCCUGCUGAGGUCCCAUCGUGAAGAAAAACUCCUGACCCUUCUAAUGACAUCAGUAUUUUUUCUGUCAAUUCACAUUGAUGUUUGACCAUGUUUAGGCAAUACCUUAUCCAACAUCGAGCAGUUUGGCCAGUACCCCUUACAAGUGAAAGGUUUCAAUAACUUGGAUGAAUGUCUGGAAGGUGCCAUGGUAGAGGGGGAGAUUGAAGCCCUACAUUCAGAUCAAACCAUUUCAUCUGGCAGCGAGGUGAGCAUACCAAAUUCCUAGCUUUAUGUUUACUUUGAAAGAUGUUGUGAAUGUUAAGCCAAAUAAAUCUAAAUGUUAAUGUAAUAUAGAUAUAAAUAUAAAUGUAUAUGGUAAUAUUAAUGUGGAUGUGAAUUCUCUCGGUUCCAGAGAUGGUUCUCAAAGUUACCACCAGUGUUGACCUUUGAACUGUCCAGGUUUGAGUUCAACCAGUCGUUAGGACGCCCAGAGAAGAUUCACAAGAAACUGGAGUUCCCACAAAUCAUUUCUAUGGACAGGUGAGCUGCUUGAUAUUCAUUUGUGAAAAAGCUAAAACUAUGUACACUACCAGUCAAAGGUUUGGACACACCUACUCAUUCAAGGGUUUUUCUUUAUUUGUAUUAUUUUUUACAUUGUAGAAUAAUAAUGAAGACAUCAAAACUAUGAAAUAACAGAUAUGGAAUCAUGUAGUAAACAAAAGUGUUAAACAAAACAAAACUUAUUUUAUAUUUGAAAUUCUUCAAAUAGCUACCCUUCGCCUUGAUGACAGCUUUGCAUACUCUUGGCGUUCUCUCAACCAGCUUCACCUGGAAUGCUUUUCCAACAGUCUUGAAGGAGUUCCCACAAAUGCUGAGCACUUGUUAGCUGCUUUUCCUUCACUCUGCGGUCCGACUCAUCCCAAACCAUCAAUUGGGUUGAGGUCAGGGGAUUGUGGAGGCCAGGUCAUCUGAUGCAGCACUCCAUCACUCUCCUUCUUGGUACAAUAGCCCUUACACAGCCUGGAGGUGUGUUGGGUCAUUGUCCUGUUGAAAAACAAAAUGAUAGUCCCACUAAGCGCAAACCAGAUGGGAUGGCGUAUCGCUGUAGAAUGCUGUGGUAGCCAUGCUGGUUAAGUGUGCCUUGAAUUCUAAAUAAAUCACAGACAGUGUCACCAGCAAAGUACCAUAACACCUCCUCCUCCAUGCUUUAUGGUGGGAAAUACACAUGCGGAGAUCAUCCAUUCACCCACACCGCGUCUCACAAAGACACGGCGGUUGGAACCAAAAAUCUCCAAUUUGGCCCAAGCAGGUCUCUUCUUAUUAUUGGUGUCCUUUAGUAGUGGUUUCUUUGCAGCAAUUCGACCAUGAAGGCCUGAUUCACACAGUCCCCUAUGAACAGUUGAUGUUGAGAUGUGUCUGUUACUUGAACUCUGUGAAGCAUUUAUUUGGGCUGCAAUUUCUGAGGCUGGUAACUCUAAUGAACUUAUCCUCUGCAGCAGAGGUAACUCUGGGUCUUCCAUUCCUGUGGUGGUCCUCAUGACAGCCAGUUUCAUCAUAGCGCUUGAUGGUUUUUACGACUGCACUUGAAGAAACUUUCAAAGUUCUUGAAAUGUUCUGUAUUGACUGACCUUCAUGUCUUAAAGUAAUGAUGGACUGUUGUUUCUCUUUGCUUAUUUGAGCUGUUCUUGCCAUAUUAUGGACUUGGUAUUUUAACCAAAUAGGGCUAUCUUCUGUAUACCCCCCUACCUUGUCACAACACAACUGAUUGGCUCAAACUCAUUAAGAAGGAAAUACAUUUUAACUUUUAAGAUGGCACACCUGUUAAUUGAAAUGCAUUCCAGGUGACUACCUCAUGAAGCUGGUUGAGAGAAUGCCAAGAGUGUGCAAAGCCGUUAUCAAGGCAAAGGGGGGAUAUUUGAAGAAUCUUAAAUAGAAAAUAUGUUUUGAUUUGUUUAACAGUUUUUUGGUUACUACAAGAUUCCAUAUGUGUUAUUUCAUAGUUUUGAUGUCUUCACUAUUAUUCUACAAUGUAAAAAAUAAAGAAAAACCCUUGAAUGUGUAGCUGUGUCCAAACUUUUGACUGGUACUGUAUAUGUGUAUUAAUAUGUAUCUAAACAUAUAUAUUCAUGUGAAGAGUUUAUUUCCAAAACACUAUAUCCACACAUUUUUCACAUUUGUGUUUUUUCACCAGAAAUGAUUGGUUAUGGGUACCUUCAUGUGUUUAAAAUAUUACUGUUCUCAGAUUUUUCAUUCAUAGACUUUAGGUGUCUAUUAAAAUGUGUUUUUUUGCAAAACACUAUAUAUCCUUUGUUUAGCUGGAAUGAAUUGUUUGAAUACUGUAUAUUUGACUGUGAUAUACUGUAUGUUGUGGUUGUUUCACAUAGCUACCUGAAGAUGAAUGCACUAACUGUAAGUCGCUCUGAAUAGGAGCAUCUGCUAAAUGACUAAAAUGUCAAAUGUAAGUGUUUUACACACAGAUCUCAUAUUACUGUAUUGAUUUGUAUUGGUUUUUUGUCACAAAUGUGUCAUACAGUUCUUUAUAGAAAAUGUAGUUAUUUGUUACAUUUGACUGUGUAAAACCUAGCAGUACUACUUAUUUCUCUUGAGUGAGGUGAAUAUAUAGCAUUUUGCAAAAAAACAUGAUUAUGUUUCUCUGAAAUUAAACCAAUUGAUAGAUUUUAAACAAAUACAUAACUGUCAUUGAACAACCCCAUGCCAUGAUUAGAUAGUGAAAAACACACCAAUCUCUUUCAUAAAUUCUUUAAAUAAAAGAUAAUUUACCAACAUUUCUGAAAAUGGAUUUAUCGUGUUUUGGAAAGAAACUCGUCUAUAUAUUGAAUAUCAGCAUUCAUUUACAGUAGACUAAGCAUUGUAUUGCAUUGUAAUGGUGAUACUGUAAUUGGGGAAUCCGAGUCAAAUAAACUUUUGUUGUGGUAAACUAAGUUUACUGUAUGCGAACAGAUACCUUCACAAGAACAAUGAGCAGACCCACAACAGGACAGGAGAGGUGAAGCGACUGAAGGAGUAGCUCACGGUCCUGCAGCAGAAACUGGAAUGGUGAUUUUACUAUUGAACUUACUGUUUGUAAAGCAGUGUGACCCAUCAGGUACACAUCAAUACACAUUUUGGAGGACCACUGUGAUCUUUUUACCUAAUCAUUUUUUAUUGAAGAAUUCACUGAUGACUGCAACAGGAUGGAUACAUCCAAAUGUGUCCACUGAGAGUGAAUGAAUCAUUAGUUAGUAGAAAAACUGACAUACACACAGUGUUUCUCUAAUAUGAGUAUUUUGAUUCACGUAGGAAAUGUCCUGCUCAUGAAUCAUGACUGACAAUGUUUUGGAUGAAAUCUGUUUAACCAAUUUACCAUCAUUUCAACCUUUGUCUUCUUCUGUUUCCAGCUACAGAAACUAUGGCUCUGGGCUGACAAAGUAUCCUCUUGCAGACAUGUUACAGUACAUGUUGGAGUUCGCCUGCACUAAGCACACCAGUGUGUCCCCUGCUGAAGACGUGAGGCUGGCUGCCUCAUCCCCCACUCCCCCCCAGCAGCAACCCCAAUGUGUGCAUGUAGAGGUUUCUAGUGCUUACACAAUAUCUAGUCCUGUCACGACUUACCGGUACUCCAUAUUACUCAAUGUGACUGCAGUGCCAGCUGCUGAAGAGAGAGUAAACACUGUGAUGUGUUCCUACCUAGAAUGUCAAUGUGAAGUCAGUCAAUUCAGGGGAUAAUUGAAAAUAAAUUAAUACAUUUUAAACUCCUAGUAAAAAAACGAUGGGAAAUAUUAAAUAGAUUUAUAUUUAUUCCAUUUCUAUUCUGAUAUGAGAUUGACCAAUUCACCCCUGUAAUGUUUUACCUUUUAGCCUAUUUAUAGUAUAUCACCCACUGUCUUCACUGUAUUUUUGCAUGCCAACCCCAUUUGUUGACAUCCUGCCUUUCCUCUGUGGGUCUCCUCAGUCAGUGCCAGGAGCCAGGAGACGCAGGCCCGUCCGACAGCUCCACCUGUCAGCAGCAGCCCCCCUCGAGCCAGAGGACGUCCAUCUACAAGCCCUUCACCCAGUGCAGACCCCCCAUGGACACCCCACCUCACCCCGCCCCCCACCCCGCCCCCCACAGUGUGACCGAGGAGGAGCUGCGCUUCGUCAAGACCUGCCUGCAGCGGUGUAGGACAGAGGUGGAGAACAACAUGAACGGUACGGUGACUUACACCUGGAUUCACUAAUGAUAACCUCUCUGUAAUUGGGUUCAUGUUCAAAUGUUUUCUUGUCCAUUACAGCCACACUCUGUAAGAUAUGCAUAGCACUGGCAAAGUGUGGCACCAACAAAAAUGUGAACAAUGGAUCUAAUACAUCCCGUGACAUUUUCACAUGCAAAUAGCACUUGAUUUCUAUGAUAUAUCUGUAGUGAUUGCGAAAUUAGAUUCCAUGAGAGCAUGUUUACCUUUUUAAACAGGAUUUGAAGCUGUAUGUGGUAAUACUCAUUUACUGUAUAUAUCGAGUGAUCGUUUUUCGUAGGUGUAUCAUGAGCAGACAGCCUACCCUAGCUGUCAGUCAGUUAUCCCAGAGUGUCUACUCUAGAGUGUGUGUGUGUGUGUAUCUAGCCCAGCCCCAGGUGCACUGCAUUGAUCUGUGUGUCUCGGUGCUCAGAGCUAAAGGCCAGCAUCGACAGGGUCAGCCAAGCGCUGGAGGGCAUCUGCUUGGAUAACAGGUAAGAUCCCUCUUUCUCAUCUAUCUGACAGUCCGUGUCAGGUUAAAGCAUGUGAUACACUAAUAUCACUUUGUCAGGUUGAACAUGUGUCACAAGCAUUGCAUAAUGAUUCAUCUCGGAACCCAGAACCACAUCUUGUCAGGUACUCGAUUUGACAUUAUGUUAACGCUCUGUCACAAGAGACUAUAAUGAUUAACGGUAGGUUUGUGCUAAAACUUUACUUUUCUAGUCCUAAUCUCUUGUUUGAAUGUGCACAUGCCAAUACAGAAAGUUUCUCUUGUUUUGAUGUGUGAAGGUGCCGUACAGGCUUCAUGCCGUCCUCUUCCAUGAGGGCCAAGCCUCGGCCGGCCACUACUGGGCCUAUAUCUACGACCACGGUAACCAGCGCUGGAUGAAGUACAACGAUGUCAUCGUCAGCGUGUCCUCCUUGGAGGAGCUGGUCAGGGACUCGUACGGAGGCAUGACCAACGCCAGCACAUAUUGUCUCACCUCAUCGCAGGUACCUGUAUCCCUACUCCCCAUUCCACUGAGGAACUAGCUAUGUAUGCGAGGUGAACAUUUUUAUUUACAGUGUAUUGGGAAGUGAGCACUCAGUCUGUUUGACCUGACGAAGAUCCGUGUUGGAUCGAAACGUUGUCCAUAAAGGUGGUAAUUGGGAGCAAAUUCAGUGUGCAGUCCUUUCUGUUCUUUUCAAGUAUGCUUCCUUAGGCCAGCACCUACAUUUUUGAAAGAUGUGUGUAUGACCACAAACUGAACUAACAAUGUACACCAGAGACCAAAAACAUAAGGCCAGUCCUGCUCAGCUAAAUUACUUUGGACUGAAAUGUUGGAAAUGUUUUUGUGUCAACAUGUGCAAGUCAACAUGUCACAGUGCUGUUUACAUAUAUCUGGCCACACCUAUACUGGAUACCGGCUAUAUCUGUGCACACUGUAACUGUUGCUCUGGAUAUAUAAAUAAAUACAUUUAUGAAUAUCCAAUUCAUAGCCUGAACAGGUGUUUUUUUUUACAUAAUGUUUUUUAGUGUGUUUUGCUUGUCUUUUCAGGGUAUGCUGCUUAGUUUAUGUUACUAUUGAAUGUGAUCAGUUAGUUCAUUGUGAUGUUGUUUAUAUUCAUGAUAUUUCUGUCCACAGAGGACACAGAUGACGAGAUGGGCCAGGUCAUGCAGGGCAUGGACUCCCUGCCACCCAUCCUCAGGCGCUACGUGAGCGAGGACAACCGCUGGUUCCAGCAAGAGCUCAGGGAGUGUGAAGAGCAGUUCUACCAGCCGCCACAGCAGAAGCCGGCCACUCCCACAGCAGCCUCCACCUCCACUCAUGCUCCCACUAAAGAUGACCCAGCAGAACCAGUCCCCCAAACUGGACCUGCCCAGGAACCCACUGGGGAGCAGGAACAGGAACCAGAGGCAGAGUCGGCUGUUAAACCAGCAGUGGAAUCUGAAAGUCAGUCUGGACAUCAUUUUAUAUGGAAGGGUUACAUGGUCUUUGAGGGUGGGGGUGUACAGUGCUAUGAAAAAGUAUUUGCCCCCUUUCUAAUUUUCUCUACUUUUGCAUAUUUGUGAUACUGAAUGUUAUCGUCCAGGUCCUGAGGCAGCAAAGCAUCCCCAAACCAUCACACCACCACCACCAUGCUUGACCUUUGGUAUGAUGUUCUUACUGUGGAAUGCAGUGUUUGGUUUUCGCCAGGCAUAAUGAGACCCAUCUCGUCCAAAAAGUUGACUCAAGUUUGCCAAAAAGCACCUGGAUGAUCAUCAAAACUCUUGGAAGAACGUUCUAUGGACAGAUGAUUCAAAAGUAUAACUUUUUGGACGAAAACCAAACUCUGCAUUCUACAGUAAGAACAUCAUACCAAAGGUCAAGCAUGGUGGUGGUGGUGUGAUGGUUUGGGGAUGCUUUGCUGCCUCAGGACCUGGACGACUUGCCUUAAUAGAAGGAACCAUGAAUUCUGCUCUGUAUCAGAGAAUUCUACAGGAGAAUGUCAGACCAUCCGUCUGUGAGCUGAAGCUGAAGCGCAGCUGGGUCAUGCAGCAAGACAAUGAUCCAAAACACACAAACAAGUCCACAUGAAAAUUGGCUAAAAAGCAACACAUUUGAAUUUUUGGAAUGGCCUAGUUAAAGUCCAGACCUAAUCCCAUUUGAGAUGUUGUGGCAGGACUUGAAACGAGCAGUUCGUGCUUGAAAACCCACACGUCACUGAGUUAAAGCAGUUCUGCAUGGAAGAGUGGGCCAAAAUUCCUCCACAGUGACGUGAGAGACUGAUCAACAACUACAGGAAGCAUUUGGUUGGAGUCAUUGCAGCUAAAGGUGGCACAACCAGUUAUUGAGUGUAAGGGGCAAUUACUUUUUCACACAGGGGAAUUGGGUGUUGCAUAACUUUGUUUAUGAAAUAACUAUGUAAUUGUUGUGUUAUUUGUUCACUUAUGUUCCCUUUAUCUAAUAUUAGGUUUUGGUUGAAGAUCUGAUAACAUUCAGUAUCACAAAUAUGCAAAAGUAGAAAGGGGGCAAAUACUUUUUCAAAGCAAGGUUUUUGUCCUUGUCUUUUAGUCAGCUACUGAAUCAAAUGGUCACCACAUUUGGCCAAGCCCUAUUGUCCCUGUCUGUCUACCGAUGGGGACUAAUCCAUUUCCCUCUUCAUAAAAUGUAUCACAUUUGUUCAAUUAAACACUAGCAAAUAUUUAAGAUCUGAGUUCUGACUAUUGUUGCCUGUUCCAUUCAUUGUCCUUGUCCUGUUUCAGAGCCUGUCCCAACAAGCCAGCCCCAGUCCCCAGUACCUGUGUCCCCGGAGAGCGCAGGCAGCAGCCCAGAGGAGAGCAACCACCAGGCUGUCUCUGUCACUGUCACGCCAGAGCCCUGCCAACAUACCAGCGAGGACGAGGAGGGGCAGCAACACAGUCAAGUGGACAGGGUGAAAAGAGGGGUCUGGUGUUGUCAUCUGAGCAGCCAUCGAAUAUAGGUCACAGACUCUAUCUAGGCCAUAUACACACAUAGACCUAUCCCUUAGUUCCCUGUUGCAUAGUGAUAGCUGCUGCUACUGGAUGUUUUGGCCUUGAGUCAUGACAUUAGGGUGACUCAUGGGUUCAGUUUUAGAUAAACAACAUAUAAGAAAGAAGAGGGAGUGUGUUAUUCUCAGAGUUAUUGUUGAUCUUUUAGACGGUGGCUAUGUGUAGUCCAAAGGCAGCUGUGUUUACCAGUAGGCUAACCUCCGUUAGUAUACCCCAGUAUUUUCCAACUGUUUAGCUAAAGUCCCUUUCCCCACAUCCCACACCCCCCUCGCUGGAGGCGUUACGGCCUUCGCAGUCAGUCACUGGACACCCUCCCCCAGCCAUCCCAGCAGCAUUCCACACAGUCAGUUGGUUUACCACUGGUGGUUCUUGGGGACACUGUCAGGAGGACACAGGAGCUGUGGCCAGUGAAAGGUCUGGCUUUAAAUAGAACAUUAGCUUUUUAUUCCUCUUACUGUACUUUGCGGUCGGUUAGUUGGAGAGAGUUCUGGCGUAUUCCAACGACAAGCCGUAGGUUGGUUGUUUGCUCGGACCGAUGCUCGUUUUCAGGCCUGUGAAAUGUUUUGAGAAUGCUUGUGUGAAUGAUGUGGCUGUUGUCAACAUUGAGUAACAACAGAAUUUUGUUAAUGUGUAUGAAACAGAAUGUGGUGUAUUCCCUGAUGACAAGGAUCCAUCGUGAUAUUGCAGUUGCUCUUUGUUGUCUAACUGUUGGUAGAAAGUUGUCCUAGUAGUAUCAGUAGUAUCUGAAUGUUAGGUCUAGAUUUUACCCGCUUUAUGUUAAAUAUAACUGUAAUCCACUUGGCAUGUGUUACAUAUUCCAUUGCUUGCUAGACAGAUUACCUGCCUGUGCAAACGGCAAAUUUUUCAUAAAUGGUGUACAUGCGACCUCUAGUGGCCAAUGCAUAUAGUCCUGAAUGAAUCCCAAUGUAGUGAAGUGCUUUUGGUUUUGUUUAUGGUCCUUCCGUUAUUUUAAAGAUCCAACUAAGUUAAUGCACAGUAAAUGUACAUUUUACGACUCAGUUUAUCAAUCAAAAGAGGAUCCAGUCAGAAAAAUUAUUUUAUUUUAUUUAAAUUAUAUAUGCUGCAAUUAAGCUUUUUAUUGUGUAAGCAUAAUAUAAUAAUACUUUUUUUUGGGGGGGGGUGACAUAAUAGACAAGUACCAGACAUGCAUGUUAGGUCUCUAUAUGCCUUAGACUUGACAUUAACCAGCUAACUUGAUCUAUCUAACUUUGUCAACUUAAUAUCCCCAGCAGCUCCCCCCACCACAGUCUCCCAGCCCUGCAGCAGAGAUGAAUGGCCAGGCCCAGACUGCAGCUGUGACCCCUGACCCCUCCACAGAGUUCACCACUGAGACCGACAGCGAGACUGGGGUCAGAGAGGCAGGGGCGGAAGCUGUGGCAUCGCCCGACACCCAGGCAGACGGCGAGGAUGGUCAGGACGCCCCGCCGGCGACCAGACGCCGGCAGCAGCAGCAACCAGAGAACGUGGUGUCGGAGGUGGAGAUCCCCAAUGUGGGCAGGAUCCUGGUGCAGGCUGACAAUGACGGCUACAAUGAAGAGGUAGAGAGUCGCCCCAUACGUAACUUAAAUACAGUGCCUUCGGAUAGUAUUCAGACCCCUUGACUUUUUCCACAUUUUGUUACGUUACAGCCUUAUUUAAAAUUUGAUGAAAUUGUUUUUUUCCCUCAUCAAUCUACACACAAUACCCCAUAAUGACAAAGCAUAAACAGGUUUUUAAAAACAUAAAUAUUACGUUUACAUAAGUAUUCAGACCCUUUACUCAGUACUUUGUUGAAGCACCUUUGGCAGCGAUUACAGCAUAGAGUCUUCUUGGGUAUGACGCUACAAGCUUGGCACACCUGUAUUUGGGGAGUUUCUCCCAUUAUUCUCUGCAGAUCCUCUCAAGCUCUGUCAGGUUGGAUGGGGAGCGUUGCCGCACAGCUAUUUUCAGGUCUCUCCAGAGAUGUUCGAUCGGGUUCAAGUCCGUCUCUGGCUGGGCCACUCAAGGGCAUUCAGAGACUUGUCCCGAAGCCACUCCUGUGUUGUCUUGGCUGUGUGCUUAGGGUUGUUGUCCUUUUGGAAGGUGAACCUUCGCCCCAGUCUGAGGUCCUGAGCGCUCUGGAGCAGGUUUUCAUCAAUGAUCUCUCUGUACUUUGCUCCGUUCAUCUUUGCCUCGAUCCUGACCAUUUAAAAAUAAAAAACUGUUUUCGCUUUGUCAUUAUGGGGUAAUGUGUGUAGAUUGCUGAGGAUUAUUUAUUUUUUAAAUCCAUUUUAGGAUAAGGCUGUAAUGUAACAAUGUGGAAAAAGUCAAGGGGUCUGAAUACUUUCCGAAGGAACUGUACAUAUAUAAAUCAAAAUCCAAUACAUUGAAAGCAUGCUUUUCCGUGGUCGAUGACUUCUAUUGAUUAUUGGUUAGAAAAUCAUUUGGAUACAUUUUGGGCAAUGCCACUCUGAGUGUUGCUUCAAAUUAUAAUAUGAUGGUUUGCAUCAAUCCAAUGAAUGGAUACAGAAUACAUGACUCGCUGAAGGGUGCAUCGUUGCUAUAGGAGUUUGUUUGUGCAUGGCCUCGCUCUAAUGCCCAUUCUUUGUCCUUCUCUGUGGUGCUGUGUUUUAGAUGAUGCUCACUCCAGCUAUGCAGGGAAUCAUUAUGGCCAUAGCCAAAGCCAGACAGGCGUUCGACAAGGAUGGCCCUGAGGCUGGCCUCAUCAAGGUAAAGUAGGUUGUGGCAUCUCGCUAGUCUAUGUCCUUCUACCAUGCUAUACGUGUAAACAUUCUGUCAGUCUCCUCUUGUAGAGAGAUAUAUAUAUAUGUACAUAAAGAGGAGAGGUAGAGUCUUGGCAGACUUGAGCCAUAGGGAUAUGUUAGAAAAGGUAUACUGUUGGUACCUCACAGUCCAAUCAAGGUGGAUGAAAUAAAGAUAUCAAUCACUCAUGUAGUACAGUUUUCUGUAGGAUGAUGGGCAAAAACUGGUUGAAUCAAAUCUGUUUCCACGUCAUUUCAACAACAAAAAUUCAAUGUGAUGACGUUCAAUCAAUGUGGAAAAUGUAUUCGAUUUGCAGAAAGGGAAUUUCGUAUUUUUUUCACCCAACUUUGAACCUAAAUUCAUUGACAUGGUACAUUUUUCUGUCUUUCACGUUAAAUUCACGCAUUCAUUUUUUUAUAUACACUACCGGUCAAAAGUUUUAGAACACCUACUCAUUCAAGGGUUUUUAUUUAUUUUUACUAUUUUCUACAUUGUAGAAUAAUAGUGAAGACAUCAAAGCUAUUAAAUAACAGAUAUGGAAUCAUGUAGUAACCAAAAAAGUGUGAAACAAAUCCAAAUAUAUUUUAUAUUUGAGAUUCUUCAAAUAGCCACCCUUUGCCUUGAUGACAGCUUUGCACACUCUUGGCAUUCUCUCAACCAGCUUCAUGAGGUAGUCACCUGAAAUGCAUUUCAAUUAACAGGUGUGCCUUCUUAAAAGUUAAUUUGUGGAUUUGAUUUCCUUCUUAAUGCGUUUGAGCCAAUCAGUUGUGUUGUGUUGUGACAAGGAAGGGGGGGGGGGGGGGGGUAUACAGAAGAUAGCCCUAUUUGGUAAAAGACCAAGUCCAUAUUAUGGCAAGAACAGCUCAAAUAAGCAAAGAGAACUUUACUACUAUUACUUUAAGAAAUGAAGGUCAGUCAAUACGGAACAUUUCAACAACUUUUAAAAUUUUUUAAAUUUUACAUUUUAGUCAUUUAGCAGAUGCUCUUAUCCAGAGCGACUUACAGUUAGUGAGUGCAUACAUUAUUUUUAUUUAUUUUUCAUACUGGCCCCCCCGUGGAAGUGCAGUUCAAGUGCAGUCGCAAAAAGGAUAAGUUCAUUAGAGUUACCAGCCUCAGAAAUUGCAGCCCAAAUAAAUGCUUCACUGAAUUCAAGUAACAGACACAUCUCAACAUCAACUGUUCAGAGAGGACUGUGUGAAUCAGGCCUUCAUUGUCGAAUUGCUGCAAAGAAACCACUACUAAAGGAUACCAGUAAGAAGAGACUUGUUUGGGCAAUUAACACGAACAAUGGACAUUAGACCGGUGGAAAUGUGUCCUUUGGUCUGGAGUCCAAAUUUGAGAUUUUUGGUUCCAUCCGCUGUGUCUUUGUGAGACGCAGUGUGGGUGAACGGAUUAUCUCUGCAUGUGUAUUUUCCACCGUAAAGCAUGGAGGAGGAGGUGUAAUGGUGUGGGGGUGCUUUGCUGGUGACACUGUCUGUGAUUUAUUUAGAAUUCAAGGCACACUUAACCAGCAUGGCUACCACAGCAUUGUGCAGCGAAACGCCAUCCCAUUUGGUUUGGGCUUAGUGGGACUAUCAUUUGUUUGUCAACAGGACAAUGACCCAACACACCUCCAGGCUGUGUAAUGGCUAUUUUACCAAGAAGGAGAGUGAUGGAGUGCUGUAUCAGAUGACCUGGCCUCCACAAUCCCCCGACCUCAACCAAAUUGAGAUGGUUUGGGAUGAGUCGGACCGCAGAGUGAAGGAAAAGCAGCCAACAAGUGCUCAGCAUAUGUGGAAACUCCAUCAAGACUGUUGGAAAAGCAUUCCAGGUGAAGCUGGUUGAGAGAAUGCCAAGAGUGUGCAAAGCUGUCAACUAGGCAAAGGGUCGCUAUUUGAAGAAUCUCAAAUAUAAAAUAUAUUUGGAUUUGUUUAACACUUUUUUGGUUACUACAUGAUUCCAUAUCUGUUAUUUAAUCGUUUUGAUGUUUUCACUAGUAAAAAUAAAGAAAAACCCUUGAAUGAGUGGGUGUUCUAAAACUUUUGACCGGUAGUGUAUAUAUUUUCCUUUAUUAUUUUCCCCUAACCCUACCACCCCUCUCCUAAUUGGAGUUAACUAAUGGACAACAUUACUGAGGCUUCCACUUCCAGUUUAUACAGACUACAUAAAUAUUUUACAGUUCAUAAACCAUGUGCCAUGGACUUGGUACAUCGAAAAUGUCCUCCCAACUAUUUUGCAACCUGUAUGGCGCAGCUGUCAAUUAUUUGGUCCUUAAAUGAAACUGGUUUAUCACAAUUUUCUUUAGACAAUGUUGGUCUUGAAUGCAGGCAGACAAGUUCCUUACCUUCUCCCCUUUUCACUUGCCUCCUCCAUUGUUGUGGUAAUGCUGCAAUCAGUUGGUUGUAAUUUUGGAAAGAGCAGACAUUUCCAUAUAUUUUUGUUAACUGCAUGUGUGACACGCCACCAGUCCUAUUUAUGAUAUCAUUUACAAAGAUGAUACCGUUUAACAUUAUUUAUAUUUUUUCUAUCAGUUAGUAUAUUUGAGUUUAACCAUAAUGUUUGUUGUAAUAUGUGUUCAGUCUUUUCUGGUGGAUUAAACAGUAAUUGCAACCAACUUUCUAUUGCUUGUUUUAAAAAUAGCUAUAUUUUGGAGAUUAUUUCAUUUUCAAAUAACCAAAAGUGAGAGGUUGUAAUCUUAAUGAAGGGAAAAAGGCCAUUCUUGAACACUGGGUGAGCCAUUCUUACUAAUCUACUAGAGAACCAGUUCGGAUUUAAGUAGAGUUUUUCAAUUCACGUUAGUUGACAACUCAACCAAAUGUAAAUCAGAACUAUACUUUGAGAUGACGUCUGUGCCCAGUGGUCUCCAACAUCCCUAACACCCCUCUCCUCAGGCUUUCCGGGAGGAGUACUCCCGUCUGUUUGAGUUGUCCCAGGAGGAGACCACUCCCCAGCAGGACCCACGCCUGCACCAUGCCCUGGUCUACUUCUUCCAGAACCAGGCGCCCAGCUGCGUCAUCGAGAGGACCCUGCUGGAUGGCUUCACCGACCGUAACCUCAGCUUCGACGACAGGUCAGUCAGCACCACUCUGACAUGCGUUGAAAUUUAUAUUUAAAAACUUCAAAUGUGUUCAUGUUUUGUCAUUUCAUUGUAAGUUGUACUUGCAAUUCAGCUUGUUGCUGCUGUUUUUACAAUUAUUUGUUGAACAAUUAAAAAGCAUUUAUCAUCAACAAGUAUUAUUCAUAGGUAUAUUGCUGUGGGGCAAAUCAUCAAUUCCUGUGUAGGUCCAUCAGUAUCAUGAGAGAGGCCCGCGCCAAACUACGCCUCAUCAAGCCAGAGGAUAUGGAUAUGGAGGAAUAUAUGGUAUGUGUCAAUAGCAAGGUUUCCCUUAGCCAAUCUAGAUCCAACCUCCAGCGGCAUAGCUAAGCUAGCUUGUUCUGGAGGUCGAUCUGAUGGUCUAUUGAAAGCAUAGUAAACUUAUUUUCAACCAACCUUUACUGCCGAUACUUUCUUUAUUCUCGAUUUGGAAGGCACUUGUGUCUUAUAAAUGCCUGUUUCCAGUUGCAGGUGGAUUUCCAAUAACUAGAGAAUAUUCCGAAAAAUAUUAAAUCCACUUUUUGUACAGAGUAAGAAAUGCCUCUGGCAUGUGUAUAGAUCUUUGUUUAUGUUGUUUGAGUCGCACUGUGUGACACGAUGUCAUUCUUCUACAUGUGGCUGCGGAGCUUAGAAAUGACUACAUCAAGCAAAGAUGUUGGGAAAUGCAAGAUGUCCGGCAGCUCUGUGCAAAAAGUAGAUUUCAUAUUUUUCGGAAUAUUCUCUGGUUAUUGGAGUUCAUUUUUAUUUGUCAUUUGGCAGCCAGGCACCGAUCAUCAUGUCGCCAGCAUACAAACCUUUACUCGCAUAAAAAUGGUUGAAUGGAGUAUGAAUGAUCAUUACCUGUGAUGUUCCAAAAUGUUGUCCCCACUGUUAAGCAGUUUGUUCCACCAAUCAUAAAGAAUCCAAGACGAUCAGUGAUUAAUGGUUCCCUUGUGUCAUUUCACAUGGGGACAAUUUGAGCUAAACACUAUAAAAUACUUAUUUGAACAUAAACCUACAGUGAGGGAAAAAAGUAUUUGAUCCCCUGCUGAUUUUGUACGUUUGCCCACUGACAAAGAAAUGAUCAGUCUAUAAUUUUAAUGGUAGGUUUAUUUGAACAGUGAGAGACAGAAUAACAACAAAUAAAUCCAGAAAAACGCAUGUCAAAAAUGUUAUAAAUUGAUUUGCAUUUUAAUGAGGGAAAUAAGUAUUUGACCCCCUCUCAAUCAGAAAGAUUUCUGGCUCCCAGGUGUCUUUUAUACAGGUAACGAGCUAAGAUUAGGAGCACACUCUUAAAGGGAGUUCUCCUAAUCUCAGCUUGUUACAUGUAUAAAAGACACCUGUCCACAGAAGCAAUCAAUCAAUCAGAUUCCAAACUCUCCACCAUGGCCAAGACCAAAGAGCUCUCCAAGGAUGUCAGGGACAAGAUUGUAGACCUACACAAGGCUGGAAUGGGCUACAAGACCAUCACUAAGCAGCUUGGUGAGAAGGUGACAACAGUUGGUGCGACUAUUCGCAAAUGGAAGAAACACAAAAGAACUGUCAAUCUCCCUCGGCCUGGGGCUCCAUGCAAGAUCUCACCUCGUGGAGUUGCAAUGAUCAUGAGAACGGUGAGGAAUCAGCCCAGAACUACACGGGAGGAUCUUGUCAAUGAUCUCAAGGCAGCUGGGACCAUAGUCACCAAGAAAACAAUUGGUAACACACUACGCCGUGAAGGACUGAAAUCCUGCAGCGCCCGCAAGGUCCCCCUGCUCAAGAAAGCACAUAUACAGGGCCGUCUGAAGUUUGCCAAUGAACAUCUGAAUGAUUCAGAGGAGAACUGGGUGAAAGUGUUGUGGUCAGAUGAGACCAAAAUCGAGCUCUUUGGCAUCAACUCAACUCGCCGUGUUUGGAGGAGGAGAAAUGCUGCCUAUGACCCCAAGAACACCAUCCCCACCGUCAAACAUGGAGGUGGAAACAUUAUGCUUUGGGGAUGUUUUUCUGCUAAGGGGACAGGACAACUUCACCGCAUCAAAGGGACGAUGGACGGGGCCAUGUACUGUCAAAUUUUGGGUGAGAACCUCCUUCCCUCAGCCAGGGCAUUGAAAAUGGGUCAUGGAUGGGUAUUCCAGCAUGACAAUGACCCAAAACACACGGCCAAGGCAACAAAGGAGUGGCUCAAGAAGAAGCACAUUAAGGUCCUGGAGUGGCCUAGCCAGUCUCCAGACCUUAAUCCCAUAGAAAAUCUGUGGAGGGAGCUGAAGGUUCGAGUUGCCAAACGUCAGGCUCAAAACCUUAAUGACUUGGAGAAGAUCUGCAAAGAGGAGUAGGACAAAAUCCCUCUUGAGAUGUGUGCAAACCUGGUGGCCAACUACAAGAAACAUCUGACCUCUGUGAUUGCCAACAAGGGUUUUGCCACCAAGUACUAAGUCAUGUUUUGCAGAGGGGUCAAAUACUUAUUUCCCUCAUUAAAAUGCAAAUCAAUGUAUAACAUUUUUUACAUGCGUUUUUCUGGAUGUUUUUGUUGUUAUUCUGUCUCUCACUGUUCAAAUACACCUACCAUUAAAAUUAUAGACUGAUCAUGUUUUUGUCAGUGGGCAAAUGUACAAAAUCAGCAGGGGAUCAAAUACUUUUUUCCCUCACUGUACAUUACACAGGCCUUGAUUGCUAGUAGUGUAUGUGAUUUAUACCAAUACUCUAGGUAGGCUUUUUUCUCCAUCGGAAAUCAGACCAAACUUGCAUUGAUUGUGUCUGUGUGCUCUUCUCCUCAGCAAUGGCAUGACGACUACAGCCUGUUCCGGACAGUGUUUGUCUACCUGCUGACGGGCUUGGAACAGUACCAGCAUGGAAAGUAGGUGUUGUCAUGGCGACCGGGGCUCUGCCCCUACGUGAUCAGCCUGUAUGGUGGUUUGAGUGAGUGAGUGGGCUGACUGGCUGAUGUGAUGUCAUCAGUGGGCUGACUGGCUGACGUGGCGUGGCGUGAUAUCAUCAUUGUGUUCCACCAGGGUGCGCGAGGCGCUGAAUUACCUCAACCACGCCUACAAAGACAACACCAUUCUGCUGAGGAGAGGGGAGAAGAGAGGGGUGGAGCAGUCGCUUAUUGCACUUUACAGGAGGAGGUGUCUCAAAGUGAGUGUUACUGAUGAUGCAGAGGCAUCACUGUGAAAGACCUGGUUUGAAAAGAUUUGGGACAUGAGACUGAUAUUGUCAGUUGGGAAUAUAAAAGUAAAGAUAUAUUAAAGGUUAAUAGAAUAGAGAAUAAGAAGCUAAACUUCAGUGUGAGAAAGUUUCACAGGGCUGGAGUUGAAAAGCCCUGCUAUAUAGCAUAUUAACACUUUGUCCGUAUAUAGACCACUUAUCUCUAGACUCACAUUGCAAAUUUUUAUUCGGCUAUAGUUUGGUCAUUUUGCAUAUGCUCUUAUACAAAAAGACUCCGUAGUGACACUGCAUAUGAAUAUCCCCUGUCCUCCCCCUUCUGCCCACUUCCUAGGAAGUGAAUGACAAUGCGGCCACCCUGUUCAGGAGCGGCGAGGUGAGCGACGUGGAGGAGGGCGUGAUCAUCAUGAACGAGGCGGUCAUCCCCUGCAUGCACCUGAUGAGCCGGCCGGACAUGGUCAGCCAGGAGGACCUGGACACCAUGGAGGCUAUCCGCAGCCACUGGUGCUCCUACCUGGGAGUAGACCUGGAUGGUGAGGACAGAGGGAGGGGAAGAUGUUUUUACUGGGCUUUAACCAAGCUGUGCUAAUUGUUUGUCUACAUCAACACUGCUGUCAUUUGCAGAUUUCAGUAACACUUUACUUAAAGCUGAGAGGUAUAAUUGCGUUAUUAUAAGGCUUAUAGUAAAUAACUGUAUUUUACUCCUCCUAUGGAAGCUCUAAGUCUUUCUCUUCCUCUCCCCCUUCCUCUCUUUCUCAGACUCCCUACAGGAGAAGCUGGGUGAGUUUCUCCCCAGGGUUCUGGACUGCUCAACAGAGAGGGUGGUCCUAAAAGAUCCACCAACGGUGCGCUCCAAAGUGCCCCACGACCUGUGCAGCCGCCUGGCCACAAUCAUGGAGUCCAUCACCAACACCUCCGUGUUCGCUUUCAAGUAAGACCAAGGGGUCAGAGCUCAGCUGCUGAGAUUAAUGGUCAGGAUGCGUACGCUAGCCGACGGCCGCUAACGUUCUAUCCUCGUGUAGAGUUGACAAACACUGGAUUUUUCCGUAGUAGUGCAAAGUAGUUUUUUAUGUUACUUUUUAAUGUGCUUUUGCCAGAAUCUACAUUAAGUAGAUUCUGAGUGACUUGCGGCAGAGUUUAUACGCGCAUAUGAUACUCAGAGACAUCAAGGAGAGAUAGAGAAAUGUAUUUAUUAUGCAUUAAUUAGGUAUUAUUGCUUUGAACCUAUUUAGGUAUGUUUUAAGAAAGUGAAAACACAAGAAAGAGUAUUUUUGUAUAGUUUCUUAGAUAUUUUACAUUUACCAUGAUGAAUUAGGAUUGCAGUGAACAACAGGCUCUUGAAGAUUUAUGUGGUUAGAAAUUCAGCUUCCUUUGUCUUGUAUUCUCCUGUUUAUAUAUGUAAGCCUUUCCUUCUGCUCCUCUGUUUUCCACUUCUUGAAAACUGUGUUGACGCUCAAUAAACUUUCAAACUUUCUGUUC